AUGAAUCAAUCGCGGAAUUUCACGUCCCUGUUGAAUCCGAGCUAUCUGCAGAACGCCCAGCAGCAGCAGCAAAAUGCCGCAAGCGCAAACUCGUCGGCGGCUAUGGCCGCGGCCGCGGCUGCAGCGGCCGCUGCUGUAAACGCUGCGCUCGCCAACGGCGCGCAGCCAAACUCAAACGCAAAUUCGCCGAACGCCACGGCGGUGGUCCGCAAACGAGAGAUGGAAAAUGAUAGCAUGAAACAAGAGAAAGAACUAAAAGACGGAGAACGUAAGAAGAGGAAAAAGACUAGAUGGAGUGGUAGCGAACAUGACAAAACAUUUAUACCAGGGAUGCCUACGGUACUACCAACAAAUCUGACUCCUGAACAGGAGAGGGCUUAUCUCUUUCAGCUGCAAAUCGAGGAAAUCAGCAGGAAGCUACGCACCGGAGAUCUUGGAAUUCCACUUAAUCCCGAGGAAAGAUCUCCUUCUCCAGAGCCUAUUUACAGUAGCGAUGGUAAACGAUUGAACACAAGAGAAUAUCGUACAAGACGUAAGUUGGAAGAAGAACGUCAUAAUCUGAUUCAGAAGAUCCUCAAAAUCAAUCCGGAAUUUAAACCUCCACCAGAUUAUAAACCACCAAUAAUACGAGUUCAUGACAAAGUAAUGAUUCCCCAAGAAGAACAUCCUGACAUAAAUUUUGUUGGUUUGCUUAUUGGGCCACGUGGAAAUACUCUAAAAUCUAUGGAAAAAGAAACGGGUGCAAAGAUCAUAAUUCGUGGAAAGGGCUCUGUGAAGGAAGGAAAGGUUGGCAGAAAAGAUGGACAACCAUUGCCAGGCGAGGAUGAACCGUUGCAUGCUUAUAUUACGGCAAACAAUUUAGAUGCCGUGAAAAAGGCUGUAGAACGGAUACACGAAAUUAUUCGCCAAGGCGUGGAAGUACCAGAGGGUCAAAAUGAUUUACGACGUAACCAAUUACGUGAAUUGGCUUUAUUGAACGGAACUCUGCGUGAAAACGACGGGCCACGUUGCACUAAUUGUGGAGCUUCAGAUCAUAAGUCGUGGCUGUGUCCGGAUAAGCCCAAUGUGACCAAUAACAUAGUGUGCUCGAGUUGUGGUGGUGCAGGACACAUUGCUCGAGAUUGUAGGUCAAAAAGACCCGGCCAAGGAGGUCCGGCAGCUGCCGGAAUGGGAGGAAUGGGCCAAGCUGGUGAUAAAGCCAAGAUAGAUGAAGAAUACAUGUCCCUAAUGGCAGAAUUGGGAGAAGGUCCACCACCAGAUAGAUCGAAGACGGGACAGGGCAGACAAAAUCCUAAUCCCAAUUAUCCUGGACUUUUUGAUAGACAACAACCACCACGUGCAUUGAUGGCAGCCCCGGCACAUCCGCCACCACAGAUGAUGCAAGGUGGUCCAAUGAUGCCACCGCCGGGUAUGGCGCCGCCACCAUGGAGUCAGGGCGGCGAAGGAAUGAACAACAUGAAUAUGCAGUGGCAGCCACCAGUGAGCAUGCCGCCUCCACCGGGCGUGAUGCAGCCACCACCGCCGCCACCUGGCUCCACUACUCAGCCAAACAUUCCGCCGUUAAUGCCGUGGAUGGCCGCUGGAAACAAUCAACCACCGCCUCCAGGUCAGAUGCCACCCACUCAGAUUCCGCCACCAGGAAUGGGUAUACCUCCGUGGCAGCAAAAUCAGCAGGGUCCGAUGCGACCGCCACCACCAGGCACUGCACCGCCGCCAGGUUUUCCUGGUGGUUGGCAACCGCAACAGAUGGGAGGCUGGCCGCCGGCGGCUCCGGUGCCGCCUCCGCCACAGCAACAAACUCCUGCACCACCUGGGAUUGACUUGAACACAUUGCCGACAUUGCUGGCGCAGCCACCACCGCCACCACCGCCCACCAGUUAGUCCUAAUCUUAUCGUAAAUUCAGCGAAUGACUUCCGAUCUAUGUAAUAAUGAGAUUACAUUCUCACAUGAUUGAUACACGAAAGCGAUCGGUAUAAAGGAAACUUGUGGAAGAAAGAUAAAGAAGAAGUUAGAAGAAACUGAAGACAUGUGCUAGUAGGAAAUCAGAGAAUAAAGAAUAGAGAAACUAGGAAUAAAAACAACGUGAUUGUAUCGCGUCUUUUAUUUAAAUGAAUAAUUUUGAUUAUUCUUUUCCUCUUUCAUUGAUUUCGUCUUACUAUGACAAUAUCGAUUUCUGCACAUAAUCGUUAUUAUUCAGUGAGUUAUUAUUAUUAUUAUUAUUAGAUAAUGGACAGAUAAAUGCCGAGAACGUUGGAAGUCCAGAUUAUAUUCCUCAAAUAUGUAUCCAGUUUUACCUAGUUACCACUCUGUAUUUGCUGUUUGUAUACUCUGAAAUUUCUUACGAGAUUUGUAAACGAUUACCACGAUGCAACAAGAGUAUAGUCUGAGAGCACAAGUAUAGGCAGUUCUACAUUCAUUUUUUACUUUGCUUCAUUUCUGAACGUCGCUUCCGAAAUUGAAUCUAUCAAUGUUGAAUAAUUGUAACAUAAGUAAACCAUUUGUUCAUAUAUUUCAUACAUAUUUCUUAUGUACAAAUUAUGCAAAUACUUCGUAUUGCCUAUUGCAAUUCUUUUAGCAUACAGUGACAUUGUUUUCGAUUAUUAUAACAAGAAAAUGACAAUUUCUGAAAAAUGUAUAUCGUGUUUCGAGAUAUAUGCUAAUUUAUUUACAAUUAAGCUAAAAAUCAUAUGUUGCGCAUAAGUACAAUUUUUACCCCCCGAUAUUUUAAUUAACUUUGCAAAAUAACGCGGGAAAGUCGAUUGAAAAUCAUUUGCAUGUGUUAGAAUGAAUGCUCGUAAAUAAUAUAAAACGAGAUAAAUCUAUCGAUGUCAGAGAUCUUUUAGAUAUAAAUUUCCAUCAUAUACUGAAAUCACCGCUUUUGUAGCAACGUAUGUUCGCAUCUUUGAGUGCAAGUGGUCAUAUACAGGCAUUGUACGUCUACGUUCAUACAGUUACGUACAUUGUAUUACGACACCGAGAGUAAACGAAUUUCCGUGCCGCUAAUUGACAAUUUCGAUUAAAAAAAUAUAAAUGCCAUCGUUGCUUCACGUUAUGAAUGCUAUUUUAUUUUUUACCGAUAAAAUAAAUAGUGACCGAUAUAUGCAUAUCGGUUCUUAUUAUAUCACAACCGAUAGUAUUCAAGAUCAAGAACGAUCAAGCGCAAUAAUUUCCUAUCUAUUACACCUGAUAGUAAAAAGGAUUUUAACAAAGGUUUUGCAUCACAUAUUACUUUAUACACUAAUAUUACUGUCAUAUAUUACGUUGAACAUAAGCUAUAAUGAAUUAAAUUAUAAAGAAUUUGCUAAGUUGCUUGGUAUGUAUUCUGAUUAUACACAAUAAACACGUACGAAAUGGAAGGGA